AUGAAGAAUAUUGGAAUUGAUCUUUUUGUCGGAAUAGUUUCCAGUAAAUAUUAAUCUACAGUUUAGGUUGUGUUAAUACAAUGGUAGGUUACCCAAUGGAUUUUAUUAAAACCAGAAUGCAACUCCAACAGAGUAAAUAGGGUACAAUGUAAUCAAUAAUAAAAAUUAUUUAAAUGGAGGGCAUCAAUGCAUUGUAUAGAGGUAGUAUAUUAAAAGGAUGAUAUGAAAAUAGGGGUAUCUAUUUAACUAUUGAACAGUGUAUUUGCAGGAUCAAUUUAUUUCACUACUUACGAACAAAUUCGAAGAUAAUUUGAAAAAUACAAUAAUUUGCCUAUGAAUAGUUAUUUACCAUUAUAUCAAACAUUUCUAGCAGGGUCAACGGCUGUAAGUUAAAAUAUGAAUUUAGGGUAUUUGUAGUGAUUUAUUUGCUAUUCCAUUUGAAUACACAAAAAUUUAAUCCUAAAAACAAGAAAUUCUUAAGGGUUAAAAAGUGAGAGGUCCAUUGUUUAUUUUAUUUGAAACCAUUAGAAAAUAAGGAAUUAAAUAAAUAUAUAAGUAUGUUUUUUCUAUCUUACAAUAAGGGGGUCUCUAUUGCAAGUGAUAAGGGAUUUUGUUGGAUGUGGUUCAUUUUUUUUAGCUCAUUCAGAAACUUUACAUUUCUUUACACCUGCAGGUAAAUCGAGAAAUGAAGCAUCUUAGACCGGAAUUUUUGUAGCUAGCAUUGCAGCAGGAUUUGGAUACUGGGUUAUUAGCUAUCCAUUAGAUAUCAUUAAAACAAGAUAUUAAGUUGACAAUUAAAAGUAUUUGUUUAAUUUAUUUAGUGCAUUAAAUGUGGCAAAAUAAAUUUAUUUAUAAGGAGGAGUCUUAUAAUUCUACAAAGGAUUUAAAAUCACAGUUCUAAGAAGUGUAUUUGUCAAUAUAUUCUAAUUAUACACCUAUGAAAAUUUAAGAAGAGCUUGCUAUAAAUAUGCUUGA